AUGAACUACCCUGUCAUCGAGCUCAAAGACCGGCCUAUCAUUGAGACCACCAUCGCUGAGCGCCAGCAGCAGAUAGAUGUGGUUUCGCACGAGGUCUCAGGCCUGAGAGCUGUCAUGGGUAGUAUCAAUAAUCUCUGCGAUCAGCUCGAUGAAAGGAGUACAGUGGCAGUACAUGACAUGUGGCCCUCUUGCAAUCCUGUGUGCCCGUUCGAUGCUUACUUUCUUCAUCAGGGAGUUGACUUUCGUUUUCGUCAUUUCGGUGGUGUGACGUUACCGAACGGUUCUCCAGUCUCGCUCACUGGUAGGGAUGACUGA